AUGGAAAGUCAACGCCGGCCCUACCGCUCACACAAAGUCCCCGCCUGUGAUCGGUGUCGCCGAUUCAAGCGACGCUGCACCGGCGGCACCCCCGAUCGGCCAUGCGUGCUCUGCGGCCUGCAGGAUGUUCCCUGUGUGAUAUCAGGAAGUCCAAAAGCGCAGAUGAAUACGCGUCGCACUUCCAGACGUGUUAAUCAGCGUCGUCUGGAGCCGACGAGCGCCCCUGCCGCUCCUUCUCCGCCCCAGGACAACAGUGGACGUUUAUCCACCGCCGACGGAGAGGGAAGCCAGGACAACAUUGGGCCUGACUAUCAUGGCUCUCCGGAUCAUGACCGGUCCAAAAUCGAGAUGUCCAUGGUAGCGUGUCCAGUGAUCUCCGAAGAUAUUCAGAUCCUGGAGCGCUACAUGUCCUCCAAGGCCAACGCCCUGUCCGGGGGCCUGGCGUCCCAUGCGGUUAAUAGCGCACCAAGCGUGUAUCUCCGAGUCCCCCGACGGAGAGAAGGUCUAGCUAUCUCGCAGAACCCGGGGAAACAGCAAAAGGAGAUCCUCAUGCAGAUCCUUCAGCCUUAUGCCGACGAGCUAGUCCGACUAUACUUUGAUAAAUAUCAUCCCGCCUUUCCGAUCUUGGAUGAACAGUCAUUCAUCGAACUCUACAAGAGCGGGGAUAAACUUUCCCCGGCGCUCACCUGCGAGUUCUUUGCCCUCUCGCUCAUUCUGUGGAAACACUCCCCAACUCUCAAGAAAUUCCCCAAGCCGGACCCGCAAUUCAUCUGGAACUUGGCAGUAGAGGCCAUGCAGCAUGACUUCAUGGCUCCCGGCCUGUCAACCGUAUAUUCGGUCAUUCUAGACAUGAUGGGACGGCCCGUUCUAUCCGUGAUCAUGAAUACGAUGAACAUUGGCCGUGCCGUGUGCCUUGCCCAGAGUCUCGGUCUCAACCGAGAUCCCACGAACUGGCGUCGACCUAAGAGCGAAAAAGCCCUUCGGAUUCGCCUGUGGUGGGCUGUUGUUAUCAACGAUCGCUGGUCAAGUUUUGCGCACGGCAUCCCACCCGUUGUAUCGAGGACGCAGUACGAUGUUCCCGUCCCUGUGCUGGCUGAAAUAGUACCAGAGACCGUUCAGUCUGAAUAUCGUAUCAAAGCUGCAGAGUCGUUCAUCCGUCUGUGUACGCUGACCGUGAUUCUCGGGGACGUGCUCCCGCUUGUCUAUGACCUCAACACGAACCAGAAGGAUGUUUGGAAGCAGAUACGCCGUCUGGAGACCGAUUUGGAUGGAUGGGAAGACUCCCUGCCCAGCUAUCUCCAACCAGCCGCAGGCGACCAGCCAAGUGUCUCUGGGUCCAGUAGUCUCCGACUCGGCUACCUCAGUGUUCGAUUGCUGCUGAAUCGGAUUGCAUUACAUGCUGCAACACUGUCAGAUGACCUAGACCGCCCAGAAAACACCAAGUACCACUUGUCGCAACUUCGUAAAUCAGCACAGGAGAUUGCGGAAUACGUCUGCUCAUUGAGUAAGGCCCAGCUUCAAGAAUUUUGGCUUCCUUGUAAGUCCUCCCAAAACAAUGCACCUCUGUCUUUCCCUGACGCUCGACAGAUACAUCAUAUCACCUCAUCUUGA